AUGUUGGGUGUGGCCAACACGUGUGCUGAGCUGAAGAGGAUGAGUGUUAGAGGUGUUUGGGUGAUUGGUACCAGUUCACCAAAAGGAACAGAUACUGGAGACACUACCAGUAGCAUUAACAAAGUUAAGACAGAAGGAACAGUUCUAUUUUCAAGACGUUUUCCAACAGUAGAGCAGCGAGCUAAGAGAUCAUGCAAGGAUUGCUCUUCUCUUUAUUGUCCGAUACCGUUAGACAGUGAUUUUUGUGAGGAUAUUAUGUUACGUUGCUCCACUAUUAAAGAAGAAUUUAUUGAUGAGCGUGAUAGUGUUAGUAAUGAUAUUCAAUGGCCAGUUUAUUCAUGUGGUUCUCUUUGGCCUGCUGUAUGUUUAAGAAAGAAGGAUUUAUUGUAUGUUGCUGUAUGUUACUAUGAUCCUAUCAACAAUGAGAGACCACCACUCAUCAUGAUGCCCAGUGUUGCAGCUGCUGUGUCAUUAUUGGAGGGAAUGAUGGAGGUACUUAGUUCAGCUGUUAAACUUGAGACCAGUUCACCACAGUUAGCUGAAUUAUAUCAGUACCUCUGUCUGGCUGCUCCUUUUGGCACACCUAAUGAAACUAAUCCUUCUAACUUGAAAUUCCAGAUCCAGUUUAGGAAAGGGGUGGCUAUGCCAAAGGAAAAGAUUCCUUCAUGGAGACCAGCUGUGUAUAAAGGAAGCUCAAAACUUAAUGUUAGAAUAAAAGAAGAAGUUAGGGCUGUCCAGUAUGAUAAGGAAGACAUUGAAGACAUAUGUCAAUUGUAUGGAUCAGUAUUAUGCAAGGCAGAACUUGAGGGUCACCCUGACAUAGUAUUAAACUUGACCACACCUCCUGACUCCUCCCAUCUCGAUCACUUAACUGUUCAUUCUUGUGUGCAGUCAUCUGAUGCUGAGCCAGUACUAGCUGAUACUACUAAUAGACACACUGACACUCCUCAUUAUUCAAGGAGUGUCAGGUUCUCGGCUCCUUUGGAGACAUUCACAUUGUGUCAUUAUCAACAGUCACCAGCUUUGAUACCAAUAAGAGGAUUCUAUCAAAUGAAGGGUGAUAGAACUAUUGAGCUACUCGUUCAAUUGAAGCUACACGAAACAAUUAGGAACAACUUUGAGUACUGUGAAGUAGUGAUUCCUUUUUUUAACAGAGGAACUAUUGAGAAGAUUGAUAACAUAUCACCAACAUCAGUUAGUCUGUGCAUUGGUCCUGAUAAUAAGAGUCUAGUGUGGAAUAUUGGACGAGAAGUUCCCGGUAAAGUCACUGGAAGUGUCCCUCAGUGUUACUGUGACAUUCACUGA